CGGGGUGGUGCCGAGAAGGAGGGAAGUGCGACCGGUUGGAACCCUGGCUAGGGAAGCCGACACGUCAGUGCCACCAGCGACGUCACCAUGCCCGGCCCAGCCCGCCGGCGCACGAUUGGGUGCUGAGGCCGCUUACGCGUCGCGCUUCCUCGUCUGCUCCGCAUGUUCAGGGCGGCUUGCUCUCUUUUCCCCUCGGCAGAGAAGAGGCGAUGGCGGCGAUGGCAUCUUUCGGCGCCCUGGCACUACUUCUGCUGUUCGGCCUAUCUUGCUGCUCAGCAGAGGCCUGCCUGGAGCCCCAGAUCACCCCUUCUUACUAUACAACCUCAGAUGCCGUCAUUUCUACAGAGACCGUAUUCAUCGUGGAGAUCUCACUGACCUGCAAGAACAGGGUCCAGGGAGAAUAAGGAUUCCAAUUCACAGGGUGCAGGAGAGGCCAGAUGCUAGCAAGUCCUUCAAGAGCAUUUUCCUGACCUGCUUGAACAUGGCUCUUUAUGCCGACGUUAGUGGAAAACAGUUUCCUGUAACCCGGGGCCAGGAUGUGGGCCGAUACCAGGUGUCCUGGAGCCUGGAGCACAAGAGCGCCCACGCAGGCACCUAUGAGGUCAGAUUCUUUGAUGAAGAGUCCUACAGCCUCCUAAGGAAGGCUCAGAGAAAUAAUGAGGACGUUUCCAUCAUUCCACCCCUGUUCACAGUCAGUGUCGACCAUCGGGGUACCUGGAAUGGGCCUUGGGUCUCCACGGAGGUGCUGGCUGCAGUAAUUGGCAUAGUGAUCUACUACCUAGCCUUCAGUGCAAAAAGUCACAUCCAGGCCUGAGGGCAGCAUCCUCGGCCCUCCAUUACUUCUCUCAAUAAACAGUCGCUAUUUGCCAUGAGUACAUUUAAGACACAGGACUCCUGUGUCUAUGGAGAGAGCUGGGAACCCAGCUGCCUCUGUCUGCCUGGACAGCAGAGAUCCUGAGUGGAGAACUGCACCCAGUGCCUCUGUUUCUGUCCUUGUCCUGAUGACCAGCAUGGCUUGUGCAUUGGUUUCCUCUUUUCUAGUAUGUGGACUCAUUAAAAAAAAAAAAAAGACGACCUUGAUUGGACAGUGGUGGCGUAC